AGUCAUGUCGUCUCCCGUGAUUGGUUCAACAACACUUUUCUGACAAUGGAUUUUUUUUAAAAGCACCUUGGUAUUCUAGGGUUAGAGCCAUGUGGAAUUACCAACUGAAACACAAUGAUUCAUCAGCAUAAUAGAUAAGCUAUAUCACAGCUCACUAUUUCAAUUUAGGUACCUUGGACAGCCUGCUUAAAACAGCUAGCUAGUAUUAUUCCAGUUAACUAGUACUCAUGGUUACAAACUGUAGAAUAGAUUAAAACGGACACAAUCCCAUGAAAGACGGCCCUGGUCAUUCCUUUUCUCCAUUGUUGAGCUUCCUGUUGUCUUCCCCAUCUUCACCGGCCAUUUGUCAUUUUUUUUUCUUGAUCCGGAGACAACUAUUUUUGCCUACACAAACCAACCAGGAGAAAAGAGAGGGAGAAACAGUAAAAUAAGCAGCCGAGGGGGACUUGAAAAGCUGGGCGUCCUUUUAAAUUUACAGUGCGCGAAAUCUUAAUUAGGCUGUGUUUUCUCUCACCAAUGGCAUGCUACUUGAUGCUGUUUGAACGCAUGUGACUUGAAGACUGCGACACCACUGACCGACCACCAGCACGAGAUCUAAAGCUGAGAAUUGUUUUUAUAGGAUGCUACACCAUCGCAUCUCGUCAUACAUAAUCUGCACCAGAACGUUAGCAGACAACAACGUUGUAUGGAGCUAGUGAACCAACUACAGAAUGUAAUAAAGACUAGCAGAGAGCUGCAUUAGAUAGAGUUAAUUAGCUCACUGCCAGGUUGAAUUAUUUAAUUCAGCUUCCACGCCUAUUGGUGGUCGACCCACCCCACCUGCAAUUUUGAACAGAUGACGCAAGAGCUAAUUGACCACUACAGGGUAUGCCCACAAGAGAUAAAACUAACAACGAUGGCUAGCUAAGCAAAUACUAAGAGUCUGUAUGAUCCAACUACUGCUCCACUAACAAUCCAGAGGUACGCCUCUCUCUGUUUCAUUGGCUCUACUAGUUUCCAGCUGAGAUGAAUAUAGAGUUUUAACACACAACUUGACAGAAAUCAAGAUCCUACAUUACUGCAUACAAGUAAGCUAUCUGUCUAUGCGUAUGUCGAGUGCCUAGCUGGUAGGAUCAGUCUGAUAUACGUGUAAAUAUUCCAAUACAGAUUACUAUAUAACAAUCUCUCUACCUUGCCAAACCUGCAGUACUGAUGCUGCUUGUCUUGGACCGGCUGAUCAGGACAGCGUUGCCUAGGAACGCUGAACCUUGAAGACCGCGACACCACUGGUCAUCCACCGGCCAGCGCGAGAUCUGAAGCCGCUGAUAUCCCUCGCCGGCGACUGCCUCCACGACGUGCGCCGGCUGGACGGCAGGCGCUACCCCUCCCGUGUGUUUACGAUGGAUGCGCUCCUCAGCGCGGCGCAAUGGGUGGUGGGCAAGGCGCUGGCCCCUGUUGCUGAUGGCCUGCUGGAGGCUUGGGGUGCCACCAAGAACUUGGGUAUCAACAUCGAGGCCUUGAGGAUGGAGCUGCUGCUCGUGAAGGCCACCCUUGAAACCGCCAGCCACAAGAAGGUCGAUGGCCGGGGCAUGCAGGAGCUCCUGGGGAAGCUGCGUGACUCGGCGCUCUCUGCCGAGGACUUGUUGGAUGAGCUUGACUACUUCCGCAUCCACGAUGAGCUCCACGGCACUUACGAUGCUGCGGACCAGCAUGCCAAGGGCGGUGUCCGCGACCUCGCGCUCAACGCUCGUCACACCGCCAAAGCUGUUGGCAAACUGACAUUUGUAUCUUCAUGCUACUGGUCUGCUGCUAACCCUACAGGUGAUUCUGGAGAAGAUGCAGGACAGCGGGCAAGCUGUUGUGCUUGGCCACGUGCUAGGCAGAGGCCACGCGGCAAUUCAUCCUCAACGCCAAAUGCCAAUCAAGAGCCAACUCUUUGUGGUGCUCCACAGAGAGAAACACCAAUGCUGGGUUUUAAUAGGGUUGAUUUCUCUGAAAGGAUGAGGCACAUUGUAGAGCAAUUGCAGCCUGUGCGUAAAGAGGUUACUCAGAUUCUGCCGAGUUGUGACCGUAUAACUAUUCCAGAUGUUUCCCAGAGUCGUCCCAUUACUACGGGUCAAAGUAUAGAGCCAAAAUUGUAUGGAAGGGACCAUAUCAUGGAUACCAUCAUACAUGAUAUGACCAAGGGUAAAUACCUUAGCAGUGAUCUAACUGUGCUUCCGAUUGUUGGUCCAGGGGGAAUUGGAAAAACAACUCUGAUACAACACAUAUACAGAAACCAGCAAGUUCAAAAUCAUUUCCAAGUUGUUAUUUGGGUAUGUGUGUCACUCAGUUUCAAUUUGAACAAGCUGUUAGAAGAGAUUAAAACAUACAUCCCUCGGGUUGAAGGGGAAAAGGAUGGUAGGCUUGAGGAACUGAUUGAACAAAGAUUAAAGUCUAAAAGGUUUUUGCUUGUACUGGAUGAUAUAUGGGAGUUUAGUCAUGGGGAUGAUUGGAGAAGGUUAUUGUUGCCACUCAAAACAUCACAAGCAAUGGGUAGCAUGAUUCUGGUCACAACUAGGUUUCCAAAAAUAACAAAGAUGGUUGGAACAACUAACCAUAUAGAAUUGCAAGGGUUAGAAUCUGAAGAAUUUAGGAAGCUAUUCCUUGCAUUUGUCUUUGGCAAUGAGCCCGUUAGAAGUGAUCAGUAUUUUUUGCUCGAGAUUGGAAAUAAGAUAAUGGAAAAACUAAGGGGCUCCCCUCUUGCUGCAAAAACAGUUGGUACAUUGUUAAGUAAAGACCUUAGUUUGCAUCAUUGGAGAAGGGUCUUAGAAAGUAAAGAAUGGGAGACACAGACUGAUGCCAAUGCCAUUAUGCCUGCAUUGAAACUUAGUUAUGACCAUCUUCCUUUCCAACAGCAACAAUGUUUCUCCUUUUCUGCAUUGUUUCCUGAAGAUUACAAGUAUAGUGCCACCCAGCUAAUCAAGUUGUGGAUAGGACUAGGUAUCUUACAACCUGGUGCUCCAAACCAAACACUUGAACAUAUAGGUUCGAACAAUUUAAAAGAUCUGGUGGCAUGUGGAUUUUUCAAAGAGGAGAGUGAUGAUGGCCGUCCAUGUUAUGUUAUGCAUGACCUGCUACAUGAUUUAGCAUUGCAAGUUGCAUCUCAUGAAUGUCUUAAUGUGCAUCAUUCUAGUGUCAUAUUAGAAGAAAUUCAUCCAAACAUCCAUCACUUGUCUAUAAUCAUGGAUGGUGUUGAUAAAAUUUCUCUUGAAAACCUUCAGAGGCAAUUGAGAAAACUGAAGACAAGUUUGAAGGUUAAACAGUUGCAUACUUUGAUGUUAUUUGGAGAAAUGGAAGAAAGCUUUGUCAGCAUUCUGGGUGAUUUAUUUAGGGAAGCAAAUGCUCUUCGGGUUCUCCGUUUGGACAAAAUCUCAUUUUCUGUGGAGUCCAUAUCACACAACUUUUCAGCACUUGUUCAUCUACGGUACCUAUAUCUGGGGACAAAGUGUGAGAGGGAGAUGCAUUUACUACUUACCAUUUCUAGAUUUUAUCAUUUAAGGAUUUUGCAUCUAGGGUUAUGGUGCCAGAAUUGUCAUUUGCCCAAAGAGUUGAGCAACCUUGUAAACAUGCGUCAUCUUUAUACUCCGAGGGAUGAGUUGCAUUCUGAUAUUUUUAAUGUGGGAAAACUCAGACUCUUAGCAGGGUUGUGGGUAUUUAGAGUAAAUAAAAAAAGUGAAGGAUUUGAGCCAAGUCAACUAGAGCAUUUGACUGAACUAAGUGAGCUUGGCAUCUAUAACCUUGAGAAUAUACACACUAAAGAAGAAGCAGCCAAAACAAACCUGGGAGAGAAAAUCCACUUGGAGAAGUUAACAUUAGAUUGGGAUAGUGAGCGGUCUAAUACGGAGCCUGGCGUGGAAGCAGUUGUCCUUGAGAACCUUCAACCACAUAGAUAUCUUCAGGAGUUGUGCAUCAGAGGGCACAAAGGCUCUUCUUUUCCAACAUGGCUGGGUGAUAAGGUCACUGUUGAAUCUCUUCAUCUUUCUGGUGUUUCUUGGCAAUGUCUCCCUCCUUUGGGGAAGAUGUGGGGCCUUGGUAAAGUAAUAUUGGAGCAUAUUCCCGCAAUGGAGGAGUUUGUUAUAGAGCAAAGCCUUUGCAGGCUAAUAAGGCUUGAGCUUGUUGGCUUGGAAAGUUUUGGCAAAUGGGUAGCAUCACAGGAUGCGGAUCAUAUGUUUCCUCUUUUGACAUGUCGUGCCGCGCGUCGUGCUCACGCGACUCACAGGGCGACACAUCUGACGAGAGAUGGCGCGUUUUGUACGCUGCCGAUCUGCAGCUGCGCUCGCUCACGUUCCAUGACGGCGAGCUGGUGCUCCGGCGGGAUGCUCUUCGUAUUAUUCUGAUCGAUGACCGCGGAGUCACGGUGGAUGCGCGUUUUCUCCGGGCGGGGGAGUUCAUCGACGUCGGCGACAUUGUCUCGCUACCGUGUCACUUUGCGAGAAUUCGGGCGCGAUCUACGGAGACGUGCACGGUCCAUGGCGAGGUGCACGAGGGGCGUACGAAGAUACAGGCGAGCGUGGACCGGCCCGGGGUGGCCCCGUCCCUCACCAACCAUCCGCUAAUGGCGGCAGGACGCGUGGGAACAGCUCCAUGGCCACCUGACCGCCAGGCGGGACCCAGCACCGGAUCUGGUGUGGAGCCUUCUAGUGCGGAGGAGACGAGGGGAGCUGCUUCACUUUCCCCACCUACCCCAACUACGCGAGACGCACACCUCGCUCCCCUCUUCAAGCACCUAUGGGAGCGUCCUAGGGUUUGCAUCCCCAAUCCAUCCCCUCCUGAUUCCUUUGGCUGGUGGAGGGGCAAGGCUGGCGGCGACGUUCGAUCCUCCGCCCAAGUUGCUGGGGCUGAGUAGGCAGGGAGCGUGCC